CUACCGGAAUCUGUGUAAUGUUGCGUCAGAUUGACAGUUUGGUAUUUAUUAAACAUUAAUUAGAAACAUUAUCAGUUCGUAUUUAUUUCAGAUAACCUUUUUAAUUACAAGUGCCUAAACGUUGCACUUUUCCAAACUUUCCUUCUCAAAUAUGGCCAACUUUGCUUCGCGUUGUUAGGUCUUUGUUGUCCAUCGUUAUCGACGCUAGCUAAAACAACUCCGCGAAAGUUAUUUGCCUAAACCGGAAGUGAAGUUGUGGCUCUCCGUGAAAUCACUGAACUAAAAACAUGGGUGUUCAGGGUUUGAUAUACGCUGCCGCAAACACUGGAUCCCACCACAAUGAGUUCUAACACCGGGGCACUGUGGCAGGUCAGUGUACGCUUCUUUUAACCUCUAAACAAACAGCAAGGUAACUGUUAUGGCCAAACAUGCAGUGCUGUCGUCGGGGGCAAAAAUGUGGAGAUCUCUGGCCUGUGCAAAGUCAGAGCUGCGUCUGGAUCUCACUCUUGCCUGUGGACAAUCUUUCCGCUGGAGAGAAACUGCAGAAGGCCACUGGACCGGAGUGAUGGGAGGACGUGUUUGGACCCUGACUCAGACAGAAGACAGUCUCUGGUACCAUGUUUACAAUAACCAAGAAUGGCAGGGGGAGGGAAGUGACAGGAAGAGGAGAGCUGGUGUUUCUCUCCAGAUGGAAAACAAGUCAGGGAAGAAGUUCAAAGGAGCUUUGAAGAAAGAGGAGGAGGAGCCGGUGGCUGUGACUUCAGUGCAGGACACUGAGGAGGAAGAGAUGCUGAGAGAUUACUUCCAGCUGAAUGUGAAACUGGGAGACCUGUACAAGGAAUUGGGAGCAGCAGACCCCCAUUUCAAGCGCAUUGCAUACAUCUUCAGUGGUGUACGGAUGUUGCGUCAGGACCCCACUGAAUGCCUGUUUUCCUUAAUUUGCACCUCCAACAACCACAUCUCUCGUAUCCACGGCAUGGUGGAGAGGCUGUGUCAGGCCCUGGGUGCCCCACUGUGCCAACUGGAUCAAACCUCUUACUACAACUUUCCUUCCCUGUCUGCACUUGCAGACAACAGCGUAGAGGCAUGUCUCAGGGAUCUUCGUUUUGGGUACAGGGCUCAGUUCCUUCAGAAGAGUGCGAAGCAGAUUUUGGACACCCACGGGCUCCAGUGGCUUGAAGGUCUACGCAGUGUCCCAUAUCUUCAGGCCCGUGAUGCUCUGCGUACUCUCCCUGGUGUGGGCAACAAGGUGGCAGACUGUGUAUGUCUAAUGUCCCUGGAUAAGACAGAGGCCGUGCCCAUAGACACACACGUGUGGCAGAUUGCUAAGCGUGACUACAACUAUGCUUCUGGCAAAGGACAAAAGACCAUCACAGAUAAACUUAACCGAGAAAUUGGGGAUUUUUUCAGACAGCUGUGGGGUCCUUAUGCUGGUUGGGCACAAUCGGUGUUGUUCUGUGCUGACCUCAAGGGGUUCCAAAAGCUGAAAGAAAUGCCACAACUGAAGCAGGCGAAGAAAGAGGAAACGGAUGAAGAAGAAGAUUAAUUUUCUAGAUAUAAAACAAAUUAUUGUAAAAUGAUUCUCAGGGUUAUUAUUUACAUGCUCAUGUGGUUAACUAUGUCUACUUUCCUGACUUCACUACUACUGUACAAAUGCAGCACACUGGCACACUUUCGUUUUUAGAAUAAAGACAAAAUAACGUA